AUGUCAGACUUAGAUAAUCUUGAGAAAGAGAUUGAAGAAUUAGAAACGAAAGAAAAAAGAUUGAUCCAGGAACUGGAGAAUUUCAGAAAUGGAUCAAUUGGUUUGGGGCCGAGGGGCGACUUCGAUUCCAGUGCUCAAAAUGACGUUUCAUAUGCUCUCGCUGAGGAAACCAGCAUCAGCAGGACACCCUUGAAACCCCGUCAAUUGGAAUUGCCCGAGAUUCCUCCAGACGUUCCAGAAGAUGUUUACGUAUUAAUGACUCAAAAGGCCGUUGAACUUCGUAUGUUCGACGACGAGAUCGCUGAUAUUAUGAGUACUGAUAUCUUGAGAUCACCAUCAAAACGACUCCACCUUUUGAAUAAAACAUCCAAGAGCAAGCUCUCAGGAAAUGUAGCUUCUGAAAAUGUCCUACGUAUGUUUGGAAUCAGUGCUUUCCCGCUUGUUGAUCCCAGCGAUUUAAUUGACAACGAGACACCCGUCAAGGCGGCAGAAAAUGUCAUUGGAUUGAGACUAGAAGUCUUCAACGAACGGCAACGAGUUUUCGAAAAACCACAUUAUAUUAUCUUGAGACGGAACCCAAAGAACCAGGCGUGGUCAAUUUUUAAGCACACCGUCCCUGUAUUCAUCAAUAUCCAUGGCAUGUUUACGAAAAUGGGAAAUGGUGGACCAAUUACAGAGCAGGAGGACAUCUACAUUUUCACACGGGACGUUUACACGUCUCUGACAGAAACAUGUCGAAGAAGAUGUCUCUUAGAAGAUUUGGUAGAAGCAUCGGUUAUCUCGUCGCUCACUAUGGACGCCGCAUGUACCAUUGUAACUUUCUCAAUUGCCUGUGGACUCCAUUUGAAGUUGCAAUUGCGAAAUUUGGAAGUAUAUGCGUGCUCCCUGAAUGGUACUAGACAACAAGAAUCUUUAAUCACAGGUCCGCUUGCAGAACUGCGUCACAAGUUGGCCACCUUUCACUGA